AUGUCGAUGCCAAUUAUCGACAAGGAAUUGCCAGAUAUCCUAGUGAUGGAAAUCCUUUUGAGGCUUCCUGUUAAAUCUCUGAUAAGAUUUAAGUGCGUUUGCAAAUCCUGGUGCUUUUCUUUUCAAACCCCCUAUUUUAUCACCAACCAUAAAAACGACAACCUCAAUCUUCUCUUCAAGGAUUUUAAGAUCUCUCGCUUCUCCCCGCUUUCAACUGAAACAAAAAUUAAGAGACAUGGUGGACCUGAUGUUGAGUUUAAUCUGAAAGUCAAAGAAAAUAUCCAUAUGCCUGUCUCCAUCUGUAAUAGUAGUAGGUCACGACUCACAGUGUUCGGAGUAUGUAAUGGCUUGCUUUGUUUGCAGGAUGGUUAUAGGAUUACCCUUUGGAAUCCUUCCACGAGAGAAGUUAAGCUUCUUCCUAAAUCAACUAUCUCACUUCCUCCUUCCGUAGAGAGUACUUAUUUUCAUUGCAUGGGGUUUGAGUUUGAUCCUAAGUCAGAUGACUACAAGGUUUUAGUGAAUGUUAUUAAUCGUGUCCACGAUGAAGAGAGAAUUAUCUCGGCUGAGUGCUUUUGGUAUAUAGCUUCCUUCAAUGAAGCUCUUGCUAUAAUUGUUUAUCCAAGAAGAGGCAUGGAAAAAUGCUAUGACAUAUGGGUCUUGAAUGGAUAUUUAUGGACUAAACAACUUACAAUUGGGCCUAUUCUUGGAGUUGGGAGGCCGUUGGGAUUUUGGAAGAAUGGAGAAUUGUUUCUGGAAAGUGAAAACCAUAAACUAGUAAUGUUUGAUCCCUGCACUAGAGAGCUUCAAGAUUUUGGAAUCCACAUGCCUAAGUACAGAACGCAGCUAAUUGUUUAUGCUGAAAGCAUUGUUCCAAUUAGGGGAAGUUCAGAAUAUAUGACAAAUAUAACUCGCGAAGUGCAGUUGCAAGUGUAG